AAUUUCUGUCUCAUCAGCAUCUGUCCAUUGUACAGUAUCCGCCAUCCGUUUACUUCUCAACACAAAGGAGCGGAACAUGGCAGGAAAAAAACCAAAAGGUAUUCUUGUUCUUCACGUUCUUUGCUUUCUGUGUGGCACCUACCUUUGUUUGCCGACUGCAAAGAUAUCAAACUUUGAUGUAGAUGGAGGACUGGACCUUGACAUUUUUGACAUUAAUGAAGAGGCAGGACUGAAUCUCGUAGAGGGGGACAUUGUUCUGGAUGAGGGACAGACUCGAAAUUCAAUCAUAGGGGAGGAGUAUAAAUGGCCAAGAACUAUUCCCUACUACAUGGAGGAUGACCUAGAGAUCAAUGCAAAAGGUGUGAUUUUAAAGGCCUUUGAGCAGUACCGCCUAAAGACCUGCAUUGACUUCAAGCCAUGGAGCGGGGAAGAAAACUACAUUUCCAUCUUCAAAGGAAGCGGCUGUUUCUCUUCUGUUGGUAAUCGGAAAGUUGGAAAGCAGAGGUUGUCAAUAGGAACGAACUGUGACCGCAUUGCUACGAUAGAACAUGAAUUCCUUCAUGCGUUGGGCUUCUGGCAUGAGCAGUCCAGGUCAGAUCGAGAUGACUAUGUACGCAUCAUGUGGGACCGCAUCUCAGAAGGUAAAGAGCACAAUUUCAACACGUACAAUGACAAAAUCUCCAGCUCUUUGGGCGUACCUUACGACUACAACUCCAUGAUGCACUAUAGUAAAAACGCUUUCCGCAACGGCUCUGAGCCCACCAUCGUCACAAAAAUCCCUGCUUUCAGUGAUGUCAUUGGCCAGCGAAUGGAGUUCAGUGACAGUGAUCUGCUGAAGCUGAACCGCCUCUACAAGUGCACUCAAGGCUCCACCUUCCUGGAUUCAUGUGACUUUGAACGUGAAAACAUCUGCGGGAUGAUCCAGGGACAUGGAGACAAGGCCGACUGGUUGAGGGUCACUAAAGCUGCUGGGGGGCCCAACACAGACUACUCAAACAUGGGCAAAUGCACAGGAUCUGGAUACUUCAUGCACUUUAGCACUGGUACAGCCAACAUCGGAGACACAGCUAUGCUGGAGAGUAGGCUUGUCUAUCCCAAAAGAGGAUACCAAUGUCUGCAGUUUUUCUACUACAACAGUGCUGGUCCCAGCGACACACUGAAAAUCUAUGUCAGGGAGUACGAUGAAGCCGACCCCAGUGGAGUCCUGCGCUUCAUCGGAACAAUAGAUGGAUCUCCUCAAGAUUUGUGGCAGCUGCACCAUGUGAGUCUAGAUGUGAAAAAAAAAUUCAGAGUGGUCUUUGAAGGGAAAAAGGGGGGCUCUGGUCCAGCUGCAGGAGGACUCUCACUGGACGACAUUAACCUUUCUGAAACCACCUGUCCUGAGUUUGUGUGGCGGGUGAAAAACUUCAGCCAUGUCAUGGAUACCUCCCCACCCAAGACUGCUAUUUUUAGCCCCCCCUUCACAUCUAAAGAGGGUUACACCUUUCAGAUGGAGCUUUUCCCCAAUGGAAUAAAUGAGGGUUACUCUGGAGAGUCAUCUGCCUACGCUCACCUGGUGGCCCGGGAGGGGGACACCGGACAAACAUGGCCAUGUCCCUGGAAACAGAUAACCAUGAUGCUGAUGGAUCAGCACCCACAUAUCCAAAAGCGCAUGUCCAAUCAGCGCAGCGUCACAACUGACCCAAACAUGAAAGAAGCAGAUUCUGACCUUUUUUUCUGGGAUGAUCCUCGGAAAGUCGGGGUUGAGGUCACGUUUACAGAUGGGUCCAAGUAUUUCCGUGGACCGGGUGCUGGAACUCCAGUGUAUCUCACCCACCUGAGAGCUAAGAGCCGAGACUUUAUCAAGGGAGGAGAUGCCAUCUUCCUUCUCACAAUGGAAGAUGUGUCCCAUCUGACAGUCUCCCAGCCUCUGCCUCCCACAACCACUAAUGCAGCUAUCCCAACCACUAAUGCAGCUAUCCCAACCACUAAUGCAGCUAUCCGAACCACUAAUGCAGCUAUCCCAACCACUAAUGCAGCUAUCCCAACCACUAAUGCAGCUAUCCCAACCACUAAUGCAGCUAUCCCAACCACUUAUGCAACUAUCCCAACCACUAACCCUUCAGAUAGUUGUCAAAAAGUGAUUUGUCAGAACGGUGGAGUCUGUGUUGUGGAUCAGGGAGAGCCUACCUGCAGGUGUGUUGUAGGCAAUGACUGGUGGUACUACGGGCCAAACUGUCAGUACAAAGGCUCCACAAAGGAUAAAACCACUCUUGCUCUGGCCUCCUCCCUGUCUGUGCUGGCAGCCAUGUUGGUGAUCACAGUAGUGAGCAUCCUCUGUGUGAAGAAGAAGUACAAGAAGCGUGCUAAGAUGGAUGGUGUAACCCUGGAAAAUGUGCAUGCUAAUUAAGUAGGCUAACAGAAACAGGCUAAUAUCACAACAGCAGAAUGAGAUCCUGUACUGGAUCCAAUGCUGCAUUGAAUUGCCACCUACUGGUCAUUUGAUGUAAACACAUAAAAGGAGAGAAAGUUUAAACCCUUCAAAGCCCGGACAAUGAAAUAAUUAACAAAAAAUUAUAUAUUUUUUAAAAUUAGAGUGAUAUUAAACUUUCUGAGAAAUUUUGUAUCAGUUCAAUUAGAUCAUUUAUUUGCAUCAACUUUGAUAAAGCAGGCCUUUCUGUAUAAUCUGUUAUAUAUUUUCUGUUCACCUCGUGUCUGAAUGUGUAAGCCGGGGUUUUCAGGAACAAAAAUAUCUUGAUGAUGCAGGUGUCUCAAAAACUAAUGUAUCAAAUAUGAUACACUUGGAUUUAAAGGGUUGUUUGAAAUAAAGUAUUUUAAAAUUAUGCUUUUAUCAGUGCUAAGAUGUUUUAAUGAAAAAAAAA